AUGGACACCAGCUACUUGGCCCAGCAGGUCAAUAGCAGCAUUGGACAGCUGCACAGCCUGUUUGACGAGAUUGGCGUCCCGACUCAUGACCGCCAGGCUCGCGAGUCCGAGCUCUUCUCGGCUCUCUCCGAGGCCCUCAACAACCAGGUUCGCCUCGUUAAUGCCGAAAAGAAGGAACUGGUUGAUGAGGCAAAGACAAUCAUUACCAGAAUCCGCGAGAUGGAAACGUCGCUCGACGACAGCAAGAGCCGACGAGACUACGACACCGACGACAUUUCAAUAACAUAUCCCCUCAACCACUGCCUGCAAACCCUCAAGGAAAAGCAUACCCAAAUCGCUCGAUUGCAUAGGGAGCGCUUUGAGCAAGUAAAGAAGCUCGUCCAAGCACUCGAGUCGUACUCGUCGCAUCUCGAGCCCACCUUUGUCCAGAUUGCGCUACCACCCACAGGCCCAAACCAAUCGAUUCCAACCAACUUUGACCUUUCUCCUUCCUAUGUUGACCGAUUAGACCGCGAAUUCACUCGUGUCUACGACGAAUAUACGCGCCGCAUCGCCUCCGUCCAGUCGCUGGGCGACAACAUCAUCCAGCUAUGGGCCGAGCUUGGCACCCCCCAAGCCCAGCAAGAGGGCGCCAUUGUCAAAUACUACCGUGAAGCGCCAGAGCAACUGGGGCUCCACGCGGAAGACCUCAAGCGCCUUCAGUCCAAAAAGGACCGCCUCGCUGACGAGAAGAAAAAUCGUGAGAAGAAGCUGCGUGAGCUUAAAUCGGCCGUUGAGGCGCUUUGGACCAAGCUUGGCGUCGACGAAGCCGAGACAAAGGCUUUUGGCAACGCCAACCGUGGUUGCGGCCUACGCCAAAUUAAUGAGUUUGAGGACGAGCUUGCUCGACUGAAUGAGAUGAAGCGCCAAAAUCUGCACCUCUUUGUUGAAGACUCGCGCGUCCAAUUACAAGCGCUGUGGGACGCACUGUACUUUUCCGAAGAUGAAAUGCUGGAAUUCACGCCCGCCUUCUCGGAUGUCUACAGCGAUGCCCUUCUCGAGGCGCAUGAGCGCGAGAUUGCCAGAUUGGAGGCUCUCAAGGAGCAGCGCGCUCCGGCGCUGGCCCUGAUUGAUCGCCACAAGAGCCUGAUCAAAGAACGCGACGAACUAGCUACCUCGAGCCAGGAUGCCUCGCGACUCAUGCUGCGCGGACAAAAGGGCGAAAAGCGUGAUCCUGGCAAGCUUCUGCGCGAGGAGAAGAUGAGGAAGCGUAUAGCCAAGGAGCUUCCCAAGGUGGCCGCCGAAGUCGCAAAGGUUCUUGAACGGUGGGAGGAUGAAUAUGGCCGUCCAUUUCUCGUGUUUGGUGAGAGAUACCUGGACGAGUGCGACGACACUGGCUCUAAGAAGGCUGCGCCAGCGACCCGCUCCAAGACACCAGCCGGUGCACCACCUUCUGCCGUCAGGAUGCCCAAAUCUGCAAACAAGGCCAAUAUUGCCAAGUCCAUCCCUCCUCGGACAAUAACCAAGACUCCCACGGCCACGGGACCUAGGAAGGCUCCCACAACGACACAGUCUGCUGUGGCCAGAACUGCCAGUCCUACACGUAACGGUCGCACCAGCCCGUCGCGAAUCCCCGCUCGCGCACCGCUUUCUAGCUUGAAGCACGGCAACAACUCGCCUGAAAGACCGCGUCCCGAAUCUCGUGGCGAGACGCUGCGCAACGGCGCGCCGAUGAGAGCACCACCUCCUAAGAUGCGUGAUCUCAAGUCUGUGCCGGAACUGCAGACACCCUCCAAUCCGUACAAGGGCACAGGCCUGGGCUCGAAAAUAGUUCGCGCAAUUGAGCCGGAAGACGUGUACGAGGACAGACCACAGACAUCGAGAGGCGGCCGGUACGACUCUCAGGACUCACAAGAGCGCUCCGACUAUAGCGACGACCGAUACGCCACCAUUAGAGCUGGGCAGCAGUACGGGUACGGGUACGCGUCUGAGGAAAACCGGCGACAAAUAUCAAACACAUCAUCAGCGACGGCGGUUUCAGGGUCUGAAAAUUGGGAAACGUACGACGAUAACAGCGAGCCCGAACCCGAUGCUUCAGACGCCUACUACGCUAAGCUGCGCGCCGCGCGGUGCAAGCGGCAAGAGCCCGAGUUUGGCCACGGCGCGGCACCGGGCCAGCCCAAACGCAUGCGCGGCAUACCGCCGCCCAUAGGCUACACGGGCCCGGUGAUGAUUGACGAGGACGGCAACCGCAUCGUUUCGGGAAGCGAAUGGGGCGACUCUGACGUCUUUUAA